AUGGACAACCCUAAGGUUCAAUCGCAUUUACUUUUUGGAUUAUUCACAACACAAAAAAGAUCAGCCAGCACAAACUGCUGUAAGUUAGCAGAGAUUGUUUAUAUCAUGAUCGAAGUAAAUCUAUUGUGUUCUGAUUUAUAUGAUUUGACACCAAACACUAAUAAGAGCGAUGGUACAGAUAAUACAAGCAUGGAUAUCGAAGCAUUCAAGGUAAUCUUGUCAAUGGCAAUGCAUGCUAUAUGUAUCCUAUGUUUCGUGGUAUGUCUAAUGGCAAGUAAUGUUGCAGUGUGCAUGAAAUUGCUACCUCCUAUAGUGAUUCUCACAGUUUUGAUAUUUAACAUAAUCUUCAAUAUUGCUGGUGCAUUACCUCUAUGGCUUCAUAAAGCGCCAUACUGUCGUGGAGGAUUUUCCCAUUCGAUAAGAGGCUCUGCGGUUAUGUCAACCGUAGCAUUGGCAUAUAACGUCGGUCUUGCAAUAUUAUACUGUGCUUCUCCAUCAAUUCGCAGAAGGUCAAGUAGAGAAAGAUAUUUGCUAAAAGAUGAAAAAGCAGAACUUGAGAAAAAUAAAGCAGGAAAGAAGGAAGUCAAACCCAAAAAAGGAUCUAAACAGGCCAGUGAAGAUGUCGAAAAACCGGCUGAGUCUUCUGAUUUACAGGAGAGCCAUGACCAAAUUAAACCAAGUGGAGUUGAUUUGAAAAAACCAGCGCCUUCUCCGGAUUCGCAGGACACUCGUGAGCAAAAUAAAGCGAGUGAAUCAAACGUAAAAAAAUCGACCGGGUCUUCUGACUUGCAAGAAAGUCGUGACCAAAAUAAACCAAGUGACGCAAACGUGAAGAAACUAACCGCGUCUUCUGAUGUGCAAGAAAGUCGUGAGCAGAAUAAACGAAGUUCGAAAUCAUCAAGGCAAAAAAAGAGCGCGGGUGAACAAGGAGGUGCUGAGACAGAUGAACUGCCGCAAAAGAAAUCCAAAGACAAACGGAAUUCAAAGUCACCAACGCAGAAAAAGGGCGCGGGUGAACAAGAAGGUGCUGAAGACGAAAUACCGGCAAAGGAGUCCAAAGACAAAGAACACAAAGUUGUCAAGGCAGCUCAAGUCAAAACGAAAGCUAAUCUGAGAGCUAUUGGAAUGAAGAAUAUCAUAAGCAUCGAAAAAAUACUCUACACUAGCUGCAAAUAG